AUGGCUACCACUAUAUCACCAAGCACUUAUACCCCUUUACGAUCGGUCAGCCUAGAUCGACUUCUAGCGAAGGACCCGGAGUCAAUCCAAGAGCUUCUACAGGGCGCGCAAAGCCCCGGGUUUUUCCAUGUGGACUUGCGAGGAGUCGCUGGAAAGCAGAUACGAGCGGAUCUGGCGCAGGUGUAUCAAGUUACGAAAGAUUACUUCGAUCAACCGUCGCAGGCGAAGCAGGAGCACUUCAGGGCCGAUAUUGAUCGAGGGCAAGUCCACAAUCUAUACAAACCUGGCCAUGGGUAUCAAACCUUUGAACUCGCUCGCGAGGAGCUUGCAAGUUCCCAGUUAGCCUGUCCGGGUCAGCUUGCAACCCACAAGGAGUUGUUGACGCGCUUCACCGCCGACUGCCACGAUCUAGCCCUGACGCUCGUACGCAAUCUAUCAGACGUGUUGGGCCUCGCUGGUGAUGCCCAUCUAGAGACAAGCCACUCAGACACCCAGAGCAAUGACUCGGGGUUAAAACUGAUUGAGAUCCCGACUGUCGAGCGGAUGGAUGAAUUCCCAGAUACGACACACACUGACAACGGCACUCUGACCCUUCUAUGGAGCACGGAAAUGGCAAGCCAGAUCUGUGACCCGAUCACCGGAGAGUGGGGAUGGGCUGAGGAGCGAGAUGGACACGUUCUAGUCAAUGUGGCUAAUUCGCUUCAGAAGCAAACCGGUGGCAGACUCCAUUCCUGCCUCCACAAGGUGGCGCAGCCUAGUGAUGGCGCUCAUGAACGAUACAUGGUUAGCUAUUACUUGCGCCCAAGCGCUAGAUGA